CCCCUAUAACUCCGUGAUUUCAUUCUUUUAAACAGCUGAAUAAUAUUCGGUUGUGUAAAUUUUCACUAUCAAGUCAGCUGUUGAUGGACAUCUAGGCUGUUUCUGUUUCUGGCAUAGAAACUGUAGAGCGGCAGUGAACGCCGAUGAGCAAGGGUCAUUUUCCUCCCUGUUUUUUGAGACAGGGUUUGUCUGUGUUGCCCCGGCUGUCCUGGAAUUCACUUUGCAGUCAAGGAUGGUCUCGAACUCCGGUCCUCCUGCCGGACUCUAGAGUGCUGGGAUCAGAGCAGUUCUGCCCCACACCCAGCUGUGUGUUGGUUUUGUAUCCUGCUAUGUUGCUGCAGGUGUUUAUCAGCUGAGGUUUCCUGCGGGGGGUUUUAGAGUCCUUUAUGUAUAAGAUCACAGUAUCUGCAAAUAAAGAUACUUUGAUUCUUCCUUUUCUAUUUGUGUCCACUCGGUCUCCUGUUAUCUUACAGCUCUAGCUAAACUUCAACUACCACUAAGUGGUGGCAGCUCAUGCUUUUAAUCCCGGUAUUUAGGAGGGAGAGGCAGGCAGAUUUCAGUGAGUUAUAGGCCAGCCUGGUCUAGAGUUCCAGGACAGUCAGGGCUACAAAGAGAAACCCUGCGUAGAUAAAAAGAGAGACUUCGAGUAUUAUAUUAAAUAGAUACGGAGAGAGUGGACAGCCUUGGUCGGUUUCUGAUGUUAGUGGAAUGUUCUGCAUUUCUGUGUAGGUUGAUGUUGGUCGCUGUAAGUCACCUUUAUCAUUACGAGGUGUGUUCCUUGGAUCUCUAGUCUUUCCAGGACUUUUAUCACAAAAGAAUGCUGGAUUAUCAGAGGAUUUUUCUGCAUUUACUGAAACGAUCAGAUGGGUUUUUUGUCUUCCAGUUUGUUUAUCUGGUAGAUUAGAUUUAUCAAUUUACAUUUGUUGAACUAUCACUGAAUCUCUGGGAUAAAGAAGUCAACUUGAUCAUGAUGGAUCGAUUAUUUUUUGAUGUGAUCUUGGACUUUGUUUGCAGUAUUUAAUGAAUAUUUUUGCCUAUAUAAGGAAAAUUGGUCUAUAAUUCUUUCUUUGUUGAGUCUUCGUGUGGCUUAGACACCAGAAAAAUUGGAACCCCGGAGAAAGAUUUAGGCAAUGUUUCUUCUGUUUUUAUUUUGUGAAAUAAAUUUGAGCAGCAUUGGUGUUAAUUCUUCUUUGAAGGUCUGGUAGAAUUUUGCACUGAAACCAUCUGGCAUUGGACAUCUUUUGGUCAGGAGACUUAAUUCCUGCUUCUAGUUCAUUAGGGAUUAUAGGUCUGCGUAUUAGGGUCACUGUUGCUGUGUGAAUGGACACCAUGUCCACAGCAAUCUUGCUUUGUCUGUCUGUUCCUAAGAUUUAUUUAUUUUAUGUUUUGGGUACUUGUCUGUGUGUACAUUCAAACACCACAAGAUGGCGUCAGACAGUUGGGAGCCACCAUGUGGUGGCUGGGAAUUGAACUCAGGACCUCUGGAAGAGCAGUCAGUGCUCUUAACCGCUGAGCCAUCUCUCUAGCCCCUGAUCUUUUAAUCAACAGACGGGGGUAGGAGGGAGACAGAGAGAGAGAGAGAGAGAGAGAGAGAGAGAGAGAGAGAGAGAGAGAGAGAGAGAGAGAGGGGGAGGGAGAGACAGAGAGAGACAGAGAGAGACAGAGAGAGACAGAGAGAGACAGAGACAGAGACUGGGGCCUGGGUAGGUUUGAAAUUUCCAAGCCACCAGUGACACACUACCUCAACAUCCAAUCCUUUCCAAACAGUUCAUAAAGCUGGAGACUAAGCAGGCAAGUAUAUGAGCCUAUUGGGCCAUUCCCCAUUCAAACCACCACAUUCUAUUUAAAUUUCCUCUAUUUAACUUUGAUGGUGGUAUGUAUCAAGAAAUUACCCAUUUCAUUUAUAUUUUCCAAUUUGGUGGAAUCCAGAUUUUUAAAGUAUGUUAAAGGUUGAGAUUUGAGCCAGGCAUCCGUGCUCUGGAGCCUGCACUCCUGACCCUGUCUGUAUGUGUUCAGAUCCACCUCACUUAUUUCUGUUGCUGGGAUGAAAGACCCUGACCAAAAGAAACUUAGGGGACACAGGUCUGUUAUAGCUCACAAUCCCAGAGUGACAGGAACUUCUGACAGCUAACUACAUCACAUCUAGUCACGAGCAGAGCUCUGAGUCCAUGCAUGCUCACACGCAUGCUUAUAAACAUACUCAGGCACAUGCUCACUCCCACCCUCCCACUCAUGUCUUACACAGUUCAGGAUCCAAACCCAGGGAAUUCCCACAGUGGGCAGGUCUCAUUUAGCACAAUGAGCGUAGUCACCACAGUCUAACUGGCUCUAGGCAACCUGACUGAAACUUUCAUCUCAGCUGAUUCCAGAUUGUGUUAACAAAAUUAAUUAUCACAUUGUUUUCUUCUGACCCAGGAUUACAUCACUAACAUUCGAGGUUUGUUGGUGCUUGUGUGUUUGUUUUGUGAACAACUAGAGUUGUUCCUGGAUUUGAAUUUAGGACCUUUCCCAUGCUAUGUGAAAUGUUCUACCACCAAGCUAUGUCCCCCUUAAUUUUGUUUUAAUUUAUUGAGACAGGGUUUUUCUGUGUAGCCCUUGCUAACCCAGAACCAACUAUGCAGACCAGGCUGGCUUCAAACCCAGAGAUUCACCUGCCUCCUUUUCCCGAGUGCUUGGAUUAAAGGUGUGAUUUCUUUUCUUUUUUUUUUUAAAGAUUUAUUUAUUUUAUGUAUGUGAGUACACUGUAGCUGCCUUCAGACACACCAGAAGAGGGCAUCUCAUUACAGAUGGUUGUCAGCCACCAUGUGGUUUCUGGGAUUUGAACUCAGGACCUCUAAAAGAGCAGUCAAGUGCUCUUAACCACUGAGCCAUCUCUCCAGCCCAAAGGUGUGAUUUCUUUUUAUCGUCUUGUAUUUUGUGUGUUCCAGUUUUGUUCCCACUGCUGUGAUAUAAUUCCUUACCAAAAUCAACUUGGGGAAGAAGCAGGCCGUUUAGCCCACAAGUCCCAAUCACAGAUGCUCAGUGAGGGAGUCAGGGCAGGAACUGGGGUACAGCGGCUUGCCGGCUUGCUCAGCUGCCUUUCUUGUACAGCUCAUGCCCACCUGCCUAGGGAAAGUACCAUCUGUGCUGGGCUAGACCUUCCAGCAUCAAUUAGCAAAGAAGAAGAUGCCCACAAGGCAGUUCCUCAAGUGAGACUCAAUUUGCCAGAUUAGUUUGUGUUGAGUGGACAAGAACUAGCCACACAAUGUUUUGUCUGUGAGUAUGUGUGUACAUGGAGGUCAGAGAACACUUGUGGGAGUCAAUUCUGUCCUUCCACUAUUGUAGUACAUGGGGACUGAACUAAGGUCAGCACCAAGUGUCUCUAUUCCCGGAGUCAUUCGAAGCCCAAAUAGAUCCCUCGAUUUUUGCUGGUCUGGAACUAUGUAGUUCCAUACCAGUUCGAGAGGAUGGCCUCUCUUUCCCAGCUCCUGACUCAGCCUACCAAGUACUGUAAUUACUGCAUGUGUCAGCACAGAUACACUUGGACCUGUUGACCCAAAGGUUUGAGGCACAUUGUUUGCAGGGUGAGCCAGUAUUCUAUUCACUAUCUAAUAUUCCAUCACCCUCAACUUAAGAGACCAAACCCCUUAUAAGGGAUGGUGUAAGGUGUAAAGGGAAAUCAGGGAUAGCAUUGAUUCUGGGGAGGCUAUGCUCAGACCCAUCGCCAGAAUCCCAAUUUUGGAGUACUAGCACCCAAGCUAUAUUACAGCUCGAAGCGCCCUUCACACAAGUCAUGACCAGAAUCCAGCUUAGCCGCCGUCCUCGGCCCGCUCCGCCUACACUUGACUGACCAAUGGGCGACAUGCACCUUCAAUAGGGGACGGCCGACAGCAGGCGGUGCAACGGAAGGACCCGCAAACCUCCCCAUUUAGUCAUCUUAAUUUUUGCCUGUAAGGAAGUGCUUCGCCAUUUUUAGGUCUGUCGUUUCCCCCACCAAAUCCAGUGUUUAAUAGCAGACCUGAAGAAGUCUCAAGAAAUCUGCAGUAGCCUUAGAAUGCUUUCUAGCAGAUUAGGCAAUUAACCCGGGCAGCUCGCCUCUCUAGGGCCCUUCACUCAGCAUUCCGCGGCUUUGGGGUCGAACAGAAUCUGAAGCCAAUGGGCUUUGCCGAAAUGAGAAGUGGGCAGAGCCAAUCCUUAAAGGAUCCACGCCCCGUGAGUAGAGGGUGACCCGGAUGAUGGCGGCCGGCGCGGCCGUAGCACUGGCCCUGUGGCUACUCCUGCCAGCAGUAGGAGUGGGAGAGGCGGGGCCGCCGCCCAUCCAGGACGGCGAGUUCACGUUUCUGCUUCCCGCCGGGAGGAAGCAGUGUUUCUAUCAGUCCGCACCGGCCAAUGCUAGUCUUGAGACCGAGUACCAGUUUGAUAACUCUAGGGUAGAAGUGGAGAACCGACUCCUACAAGUAGCCCUCCAAUCUCCACAGGCACUACUCCUCUACCCCAAGCAAAGAAAUGGGAUUUUUGUGGUGAUCGGAGGUGCUGGGCUGGACGUGGACUUCACCUUGGAGAGCCCUCAGGGUGUGCUGUUGGUCAGCGAGUCUCGAAAAGCUGAUGGGGUGCACACGGUGGAGCCUACUGAGGCCGGAGACUACAGGCUGUGCUUUGAUAACUCCUUCAGCACCAUCUCAGAGAAGCUUGUGUUCUUUGAGCUCAUCUUUGACAGCUUCCAAGAUGAGGAGGAGGUAGAAGGUUGGGCUGAGGCUGUAGAGCCAGAGGAAAUGCUUGAUGUGAAAAUGGAAGACAUCAAGGAAUCCAUAGAGACCAUGAGGACCCGGCUGGAACGGAGCAUCCAGAUGCUCACUCUGCUCCGAGCCUUUGAGGCUCGUGAUCGUAAUCUUCAAGAAGAUAACCUCGAGCGGGUCAACUUCUGGUCAGCUGCCAAUGUGGCUGUGCUGCUGCUGGUGGCCGUCCUGCAGGUCUGCACACUGAAGCGCUUCUUCCAUGACAAGUGCCCUGUGCCCACGUAGCCCCAGCCACAGAGGAUGACGGAAACAGGAGGGCAUGGGUGUGUGACUUGCUGGACACCUCCCGGACUCAGAUGAGACACUGCACAGUUGGGUCCUUAGCAGUGGCCCCAUGUGUGUCCCUUCCUCAGUGACCAGGGAGUGCCAAUGGCUCGUAGACCCCUGGGGGGGGGGUGGCUCAGCAACAGUGCCUGUUUCGUGGAAGGUGGACAUGUUGGGCGCUGCAGUAUGGGGACAUGUUACCCUGGCUUUCUCCUGAAAUUGUGCCUUAGCUUCAGUCUUCCAGCCAUUAGGAUGGGGUCAGGCUGUGGAGCUGCCCCUGCCCUCCAACUAGACCCCCAGCUUGUGUCUCUGCUUUGCUCCUGGGGGUAAGCCUUCUUUACUAGGGCCUGGGAAGGAGACACGUCGGCAGCACACGUCUUGCCAGGACAGUCACUUUUAUUGGAAAGGAAGGAGCCCUGGUCCCUUGGCCCAGAGGGCCAAGCUAGUUGAUGGUUUGGUUGAGAACUGUAGAGUGGACCCCUUCCUUCUCUCUGGGUGCAGCACCUCAGACAAGGCUGAGGUGCCAGAGCUGGCCUAUGAGCCUAAGGGACAAGGGCAUUCGUCCUGGGCACUGGAGUCAAUAAAUUAUGGUCAGAAAAGUUAA